GUAUCGCUCCUGCAUCUGCAUGAGCAUGUCAAACGCGCAUUGAUCCCCUAUUUCCCUCGACUAAGAAGUUCCUUUCGACUUCUUGCACUACAACAGCACCUGUUAAGUGGCGCUGUAUCAAUUAAGAUAUACAACAUUGGGCACGAAGACUACUCACCAGUUCAAAGAGAAAAAAGAUGACGGAUCAACAAGCUACUGCAUCCGCCUCAUCCUCCAGCGGGCCUGCAAAGGAGGAGCCGAAGCGGUAUUUGCAUCGUGGGCAACUGGAAAAGUACAUCGAAACAGACUACAAACAAUUCUGUAAAGAGCUUUGCCAUUUCUGCAAGGAGAAGAAAGCGACGAAAAGAUUUGCGAAAACGAUGAGCUUCUUAUGCUGGGAUGACGGGUUGUUCUUUGUUGUGCUUGUCGUGGUCGCGUGAGUUUUUUUAGACUUAAAGAUAAUAGUAAGAGAGAAGGACCUCAAUUUUCUCAAAUUUCAGAUGAAAACUCUAGUGAGGAAGGUAAAGAGAAAGACCUCACUUUCUUCUAAUCCCGAUAACCAUCACCAUGGCCGAUGCCUUUUGGUGUCCGGAUUGCGGCCGGAUAUUGUGCGAGCAAUGCAGGUAUGGUCCACACGGGUGCGAGCGAAUAGAAGGCGAGAAAGAACGGAACAAAAACAAAACCGCAGAGGAAAUUCGGGAGGAAAUUUAUGACGUCUUGAAACGCUUAAAAAUCAUUUCUUUGAACAAGUUCGAAUCGAUUCUUAUCAUGAUGCUCCAUAAAUGCUUAGAAAUCAUUUCUUUGAACAAGUUCGAAUUGAUUCCUAUCAUGCUCCAUAAAUGCUUAAAAAUAAUUUCUUUGAAGAAGUUCGAAUUGAUUCUUAUCAUGCUCCAUAAAUGCUUAAAUGUCAUUUCUUUGAAGAAGUUCGAAUUGAUUCUUAUCAUGCUUCACAAAUGCUUAAAUGUCAUUUCUUUGAACAAGUUCGAAUUUAUUCUCAUCGUGCUCCAUAAUCUAGUGCUAGAAGUAUUCGCUUUCGCACUGUUGUAUCAACUAGUAGUACAACUAUCUACAACUUCUGGGCCUGCUGUGCGUCUCGACCACAUAUGUCUCUAACACCUGGAAUCGCGUGCCUUGAAAGAACGAGCCAAGGAAGAGGCGCUUGAGGACGACAAAAGGAUGGAGAGGGAAAGACUGGCGGAAGAAACGAGUAAGCGGAAGUUUCGUAGGAAAGUCUACGCUGAAAAAUCGAAGAUGAUAGAGCAGACCAUGCAACAGUGGCUCAGGACUGUGAUUUAAGGGCUGCUAUUUCCAAACUAGUAAGCGCAUCCCCCACGAAUACCCUUGAUGUGACCCAUGCUGUAUUUACAUCCUUGAAUGCCACGCUUGAGCUAUUUCCUGAAUGGAAAAGGCCAAGGAGGUGCCGCAGAAAAGCUCACGCUCUUUUAGUGUCAAUCUUUUCCACACCAUUUCCUCUCAGAAAACGGCCAAGGAUUAUCACGUCGUCGAUGUCUCACUAAGGAAUUAUGUAGUUGUCUUAAUGCAAAUUAUCUUGCAUCCUCUAUUUCUAAGCAGCUUCGUCUUCUGCGGCUAGCGCUACUGCCUUUUCUCAAGGUGGGACGCGUAAGGAGGUAGAGGACAUGUUUGAGAAGAUAAAGCGGCUGGCCUUACAGCUAUACAACGACUGGGAACACCCAGCUCAGAAUUGUCUUCUCUUAUGUCACAAGUAACAAAUAGGGGUCUUGUUGUACUUGUUCUGCCUCAGUCUUUGUUCUAGUCUAUAAUAAGUAUUUUUCUUAGAAGAUCAACUAUUAUGGACAGCUCUGGACAACUUUCUUUACAUGUAUUCAAGCAUAAGCACAGUUCUUGCAGACUCAAGGAUAUUAAGUGCAAUAUGUUGACGUAGUAAGUUACCAAAACUACCACUGGUCGUGGAGGACGAUCCAAAUGCUAUUGCUAUUACAGUCUAUAGAGGGAGAAGAUUUUUACUCAGCCUCAACUUCUAACUCAGAAAGAUGAAUGGAGAGAAGUCCAGCAGAUCUAUCGUCGUUUUGUCGAGAUCAGUGGCGUGCAGGUACGUGAUCCAGAGAGUGGAGGCCCCCUGCAAAUGGUGCAUCCGUGGGAAGAAGAUGGAGGUGGCCCUCCAACGACGUGA